UCCAAUACAGGAAUCGAACGGGCCACAAAUAAAUAGACCCCACGCGAUUGCUUGAAAUCAUUUGAGGCGGGAGGCAGAAAGAGUGUUCGUCUCCUAGAGCGAGCUUGCUAGAGGGAAAGAAGGGGCGAUGGGCGAAAACCUAAUCACCGAUGUAUCGAACAUUGACGCCGUCGACAUGCAAAGCAUUAGGAGUUUUCGCAGUCGCUUGAAGGAGCUCUCCGCGUCGCUCGAUGAUGUUCUCAGUUCCUCCGGUGAUUUGAUUCCGGAACCGAAUAGUUUAUUGGAGGACUUCAGCCGCAAUGUGCUGGCACUUAGCGUAGACCAUGACGUCGAGGCUUUAGGGCCAGCUGAUCUAGAAGCCUUCAUUGAGCAGUUAAAGAAGGAUUUAAAAUCAACCGAGGAGGAAAACGUGAAGUUGUCUGGAGAAAUUGAUACGCUUCAAACCCAAGUUUCAUCAGAUUCAACCAAGUUGGGUGGAGAUAUUGACGCAUUGUUAUCUUUGCUGAACUUUAUUGACUCAAAGGUUAGUUUUCUUCCCAAAACAAAAG